AUGAACGGUGAAAACUUCACAGCUUUGUCCAGCUUCAUCCUCUUGGGAUUCUCUGAUGUUCCAGAGCUACAAACGCCCAUGUUCAUUAUUUUCUUAUCAUUGUAUGCAUUAUUGGUGAUGGGGAACCUGCUGCUGAUGCUGCUUAUCAACACUGACCCCCAGCUGUACAAGCCCAUGUAUUUCUUCCUGACCCACUUGUCCUUCAUGGACCUCUGCCUUUCCUCUGCUGUCAUCCCCAAAGCCCUGGAGAUCUUCCUGUUUGAGACAAGCAACAUCUCUUUUGUGGGCUGCUUUGCCCAGAUGCAUGUUUUCCUCAUGCUUGUCAUCUGCGAGUGCUUUCUCCUGGGGGUGAUGGCUUAUGACCGGUACGCGGCUGUGUGCCAGCCACUGCACUAUGCCGCCCUCAUGUCCCGGACACGUUGCUACAAAAUGACCGUGCUGGUGUACGCCACAGGCUUCAUCACCUCGCUGGUACACACGGUGCUGGCGGGGAGGUUGGCUUUCUGCCAGGCGAGGAGCAUCAACCACUUCUUCUGCGAGCUGCCCGCUCUCCUGCACCUCUCCUGCUCCAGCACCCGCCCCAACCACAUCCUGCAGGUAUGCAGUGCUGAGUUCAACAUCGUGGGCUCCAUCGUGGUGAUCCUGACAUCCUACGCCUGCAUCCUGUACACAGUCCUGCGGAUGCCUUCUGCAGGGAGGCGGCUGAAGGUGUUCUCCACCUGCACCUCCCACCUGGCCACCGUCACCAUCUUCUACGUGCCGGGGCUGGUCACCUACAUGCUGCCCAGCAAAGCCAGACCUCAGGAUGAAGAGAAGCUGGUUUCCAUCUUCUACACUGCAGUGACCCCCUUGCUCAACCCCCUGGUCUACAGCCUGAGGAACAGGGAGGUGAAGGGGGCUCUGAGGAGGCUGUGGGGCCGAAGUCUGUUCCCACAUGUGCCCUGA